AUGUCGACAUUUGAUUUUAUUGUUGUUGGAAGUGGUCCCGCCGGUAGUGUUCUCGCUGCGAAAUUGGCCAAUUCCACCGCCAAGCCUAGUGUUCUGCUUCUGGAAGCAGGUGACAGUAAAGAAGAUCGUAACCUCCGUGUGGACGGGCAACGAUGGAUCACAUUCCAGAACCAAGACAUGAACUGGGGUUACAAAACCACCCCGCAACCAGACUGUAAUGACCGGGAGAUCGACUAUAGUCGCGGUCGGUGCAUGGGCGGAUCAAGUGCGAUCAACUUCGGUGUGUACAGUGUUGGCGCACGCGAUGAUUAUGAAGAAUGGGCGCGCAUUGCAGGCGAUGACAGCUUCUCAUGGAAGAACAUUCAGCGACGACUGAAGGCGUUGGAAACCUUUCAUGGAGAGAUCCCCGAGGGUAUGGAUAAGAAGUAUGCUGCUCCGAAGCUCGAGGAUCACGGUAGCGAUGGUCCAUUGCAUGUUGGAUUUGCACGCGAGUGGGAGAGAGAUCUUCCAGAGUUAUUGGAUGUCUUUGAGCAGGCGGGAUUUCCCUUGAACCCGGAUCACAACUCUGGCAACCCGAUUGGAAUGUCUAUUUUGAUUAACUCAGCUUAUAAUGGCUUGCGCUCUACCUCAGAAGAUUUCUUGAAGGGCGACAACAAGAAUAAUUUGAAGAUUGUUACUGGCUCACCAGUGCAGCGGGUUCUUUUGGAAGGAAAGAAGGCCGUGGGUGUUGAGUCGAAUGGCACUAAAUACUAUGCUUCUAAGGAAGUGAUCCUCUCCGCUGGAUCGCUCAACGACCCUCGCAUUCUUAUGCACUCGGGUAUCGGCCCUGCCAUCCAACUGCAACAACACAACAUCGAUGUCGUCCAUGACGUUCCUGCUAUCGGGCAAGGCCUUCGUGACCACUGCUUCGUUCCCAUGGUAAACUCCCGCUCAGACACCAGCACAGACCGAAAAGCCUUCUAUGGCGAUAAGGCCGCCAUGGAUGCCGCGUUCAAGCAGUGGCAAGAGGACGGAACUGGGCCUUGGGCGAAAUUCUCCUGUGAAUUGGGUAUUGGCUGGUUCAAACUGACCGAGAAGCUGAGCUCCUGGCCUGAGUUCAAGGAUCUUCCUGAAGAUGAACAAAAAUAUCUCCUUCAGGAAACCAUCCCACACUACGAGAUCAUCACUCACUUCCCUAUCCACUGGUUUAUUCCUGACUUCCCAUCCGAGGCUCUGAACUAUUCUUGCAUGCUCGUCUUCUUGUUCAAUGCACAGACCCGUGGUGAGGUGACUCUCCAAUCUUCUGACCCCGACGCUCCGCUUCUCUUCAACCCGAAGUUCCUGGCUCAUCCAUUCGACCGUCGACUUGCAAUUGAGGCUCUUCGUGAUUCAUUCCGUGUGGCCAAGCAUGAAGCAUACACAAAGGAUAAUAUUGCCGAGAUGGCAAUGCCUAAGGACGAAUCCGACGAAGUGCUACUUGAGUACUGGCGCCAGAACAUUUCUUCCAGCUGGCAUAUGACUGGAACAGUGAAGAUGGGCAAGAAGGGUGACGCUGAUGCUGUUGUGGAUCCUGACUUUAAAUUAAUCGGUAUUGAAAAUCUGCGUAUCGCUGAUAUGGGUGUUGUUCCUGUCUUGGUCAAUGCUCACGUUCAGGCUGUGGCUUAUGUUACUGGCUCAACAUGCGCAGAGAAGAUCAUUCAGGACUAUAACCUUGCUUAG